AUGAAGCCUUGGGGAAAUCUAGGAGUAGUAGAAACCAUCUAUGAAGAAGAAGAUUAUGAUGAGAACUGUUCCACCUCUCCUUCUGUUCUUUCUCCUUCAGUUCUUUCUUCUCCUCUUACACCACUCCAUUCAAGAGUAGAGGCUUGGUCAUUGGCAAUGGGGCGUAAAACUGAUGUGUUGAUACAUGUCCAAGGAACUGCUUUUCACCUUCAUAAGGAUCCUCUGACGUCCAGGAGCACAUAUUUAGGGCGGCAACUAAUGGAACAAUCAGAAUUAACGUUAUCCCCGCCGUUUAACAUAACGGUCGAAACGUUCGCUCUCGUUGCCGAAUUCUGUUACGGGACCCACCUCCUCGUAACCCCUUUCAAUGUUGCCUCCCUCUUGUUAGCAGCGGAACUCCUCGGAAUGACAGAGACCAAAGGUGACGGUGAUCAGAACUUGAAGCAAUUGACGGAGAGUUACUUCAGCGGAUUCGUCACCGUCAACAAAGAGUACGCGACGAUUGUUUUCAGGUCUUGCUUGGCGUUGCUUCCGGAGGCAGAAACAACGGCGUUUCUGGUUAGUAGAUAUGUGGAGAUUAUGAAUUUAACGGAAGAUGGUGACGGUGUGGACGGUUAUUUUGACGACGUUAUUUCUUUGCGCGCCGAGGAUUUUAAAAUCGUGGCCGAGUCUAUGCACCAACAAUUUGAGUACCACGAUUUGCUUUAUAAAAUCGUUGAUUUUUAUUUCGAGGAGCACAAUGGGAAGAUAACGGAGGAACAGAAGACUCAGAUAUGUAAUUCCAUUGACUGCAACAAGCUCUCACCUCAACUCCUCCUACAUGCAGUGCAAAACCCUCGAAUGCCCUUGCGAUUCGUUGUCCGAGUCAUGUUGGUGGAACAACUCAAUACCCGGCGUUCCAUUUUCUCAGCUGCUAAUCACCAUUAUUCUCAUAGGCAUCGGCCUAGAGGCAACAAAAUCACACUUGGUGAAAUCCUCCAACGCGAUGCCACCAUGCGUGAAACUGCUCAACUCAAGGCAGCAAUGGAUGCCACGAGUACCCGCAUCCAAACCCUGGAAAAACAACUGCUUUCCAUGAAGAAGAUCUUGCAAGAAUCUGAUGAUCAGAAUGAAGGAAUAGCUGGGUCUAGAGAUGUGUUGAAAUUAGGCAGGUCAGCUAGUUUCCAUUAUGGUUCACGGAGUAAGAUUGAAAGAGCAGAUAGAGGAGCUCCUGCUUCAGCCAGUCUUCGAUUGACUAGUGGUCCAGAAGAGAAAGCAUGUGGGUCUUCAUCAUCCGAGAAUUCAUGCAUUCACAAUCCUAGAAUCAAGAAAAUUAUUGGGCAGAGGUUGAUUAAAGGGUUAAAGAGUGCGUUGCGGGUGUCAAAUUCUGCGACCAAGAAUGGUUCUGAUCACAAGAAAAGCUCAAAAGGAGAAAAUGGAAUACUCUAUUAUUUCAGCCAAAGAUGA